AUGGAUGCACAGACGGAGGCAGUAGAAGGAGGAGUCCAGAGCAUUAAAGUUGAGAGCUGCCCAGUGAUGCUGGAGAGCCCACCAGCAGCCAGGGAGAACUGCCUCGCAGACAGCAGUUCCAAAGAUGGUGGUUGUUCAUUAACCUGGGGUUAAAGGCCAGUCCAGCACUGCCCCUGGUCCCACAUUGCUGAGGAAUCUGCCAGAGGCCUGGGCUGGAGGACAGCUUCCCUGCUACAGCUUCUGUGCUCUGAGGAGGCCCUAGUAAGCCAUUUCUGGUUUUCACUGCUUCCUGUCCUUCUGUGUGUGGUGACAGUGUCCUGCUCAGAAAUGAAAACCUGUGACGAUGCCCAGAAGACCUGUUCUGUGAUUACCUGUGGCAUCCCUGUCACCAAUGGCACCCCAGGCAGAGAUGGGAGAGAUGGACCCAAGGGAGAAAAGGGAGAACCAGGACAAGGGCUCAGAGGUAUGCAGGGCCCUCCAGGGAAAUUGGGGCCUCCAGGAAAUGCAUGUCCUCGUGGGUUGCAUGGACCAAAGGGCCAAAAAGGAGAUCGCGGAGACAGUUCAGUAGCUGAGACUAAGCUGGCUAACUUAGAGAGAGAAAUAAGGAGUUUGAAGUCAGAACUGGACCACACCAAAAAGUUGCUAACCUUCUCCUUGGGCAGAAAGUCUGGGAAGAAGCUGUAUGUGACCAAUGGUGAAAAGAUGCCGUUUUCCAAAGUGAAGGCUCUGUGUACUGAGCUCCAGGCCACCGUGGCCACCCCCAAGAAUGCCGAAGAGAACAAAGCCAUCCAAGAUGUGGCCAAGGACGAUGCUUUCCUGGGCAUUACAGCUGAGGUGACUGAAGGCACAUUUGAGUAUGUGACAGGAGGGAGACUGGCCUACAGUAACUGGAAGAAGAGUGAGCCUAAUGACUAUGACUCAAAGGAGGAUUGUGUGAGCCUUCCAAAGGAAGGGCCCUGGAAUGAGGUCUCCUGCUCUUCCUCCUACCUGGCCGUCUGUGAAUUCCCAGCCUGAAGAAGUAGGCUC